AUGUCACGAAGUCUGGUGUUUCUGGAGCAAGUUCCAACGUACGUGUACCAAAAUGUUACUUUUCAAGCUUCUGUCCAGCUAAUUGAUAACCAAAAGGGCAAAGUCACAGGCAUUCAUCAGCCGCUGCAAGUGUCUCUGCGUUUUCAUGACACAUACGAUCUUGUGGAUAUUCAAGAUGCAGAGCUUCGAAUGACUUCUGACGUUUAUUUGAAUCCAGACACGGGUAUAUCCGUGUUUUCCAUGAGCUUGCAUACCUUUGCCGCCACUUGCGAUGGUCGCAAUUUCUGUCUUGAGGUGCGCAGUAUCGACUCAGAUAUCGAAUCAGUCUUUUCAUCACCAGUACAUGUUGUGAAAGAAAAAUUACAAAUCAUAGUACAGCCACCAGACGUGUGGUUUAAAGACGAAGGGGGUCGAGAAAAGUGCAUGACUGUAGACUUAACAUUGGUACCUGCACCAGGCACGUAUGUGGAAGACCGAGUUGUACCACUGGCUGUGAAACUUUUGUACGAAUCAGGGUGUCUUGUCUCCAAUCCGAGUAUUCUCAGACUAUUUCCUGAUAUGAGACCCAAUAUGACACAUGGGCGUGCAACAAUUUCAUUUCGGAUUGAUGAUGUAUCAAAAAAUCAUCAAGGACAAUCAUUCAUGCUUGAGAUUGGGCCGGAACAACAGGAGGGAAGUUCGAUGUUUCAAGAUAUUGCACCGACACGUACCUCGGUUAUUGCCAUUCGAUCGAAGCGAAAUAAGCGAAAACUUAAUGCACAAGGUGCUGCUUAUGGAAUGCGACCUUCUCCUCGAAGUGUUGCAGGUACUCCACGUACUGCGUACAUUGGCAUGCAACAUUCUCCUCAAGCCGUCGGUGGAACUGGCGCAUUGAUUGAGCCACAUCCGCGACGAGCGCGCAAAUAUUUUGCAACAAGUAACACUAUGGGGUACGCAGGUGUCGUACCGCAACAAUCCAUAAGUACCAUGUCCUGGAGUAACCACUUAGGACAAUCUCCAGUGGUACCUACAAUGCAAUCACAGACGUCACCAAAUCAAGUAUCAUUACAGUCACCUGAUAGUCCUGGUGCCGUGGAAUGGGCUCUUAGCGGCUUUGAAAUUCACCCAGAUGGCUCGAUGAAUACAGCUCGGCCAAUUUAUCGCUGUCCACAAUGUCGCCGUCUAAAUGAUGUAGAUAUGUUGGCAGCUGGUCCAGCGCUAUCGCAUGGCCCACAGUGUGUUUUCUCUCCGUCGCCUAGUACGGGCACAAUGAUGUACCGUUCUCAGAUGGAAGGGACGCCUAUGAAUCAAAUGGCGCCUUCACGGGGGUACACAAUGGAGUACCAUCCAUUACCACACAGUAUGGAACCAACACAUUCUUCAACGAGCAACUGUGAUAGCAGUACAAUUGUUGACUCCUCGACCCUGAAUGUGCAACAAAAUACAAUAAAUAUAUCAUCCAAACCAGAUGACGUAUCACCGAAGGUAUUGACAAACUUUGAUCACGCAUCUUCUCAAAGACCGUCGAUGGCAAUUUCUCCAUAUAUUAAUAAAGAGACAAACGAUGUACAUUCGUCUGGGACUAAUGAUUUUGAACAUGGAGGUACCAGUGGCAACUUAUUCGAGAGCAAUGCAUUUCACAAUCAAAUGGAAUUAAUGAGCAAGAGUACCGAUAAAUUGUUUAUGAUUAAGACGAAUCGGAUUGAAGAUGAUCCAGCAUUAGAUAUAGCACAAGAAGAACAUUCUCAAGCGUAUACGCAAGAUGCGACUUCGUCCCUUGGUGGCGUCAUUGGGACAAACCUUUUUAACGAAAUGACGAGCAUGGGCAUAAAUUUAAACCAGAGAGAUCCGCAAUUGUUAGGUGGAUUUGGAUUGGACAAUGGAGCAUUGGGAUCGAAUGGUGAAGAUCAAGUAUUUUAUAUUUUGGCUAGAAUGUAUACAAAUGCUCAAGAUCAAAAACUUGGAUUGCCAGCUUUUGAUCAGUUCCAUCGCAUGCUUGGAUUUUAUAGUGAAACACAAGAUAAUGUCCAGACUCAAGUAGUGUUUCACCCAUUGAUCGAUGUUUGCUUGACGGAUGAAGAGCGUGAAACGAUUACUUCCCGAUUUGUUGAAGAACUUGGACGAGACUCACAGGCAGUGCAUUCUCUAACCAAGUAUCAGCACAAUCUUAUUAUGUUGCGUGAGGAUGCUCUGAUGUUUUAUUGGAGUCAGUCGCUUGUCUAA